UAACUACGCCGGAAGUAAUGACGUCAUAAGCGAAAAUUAGAUGACAAACGAAUGAUGCAUCUAUCAGUACUGUGUGCUGUUCCAAUAUUUGAUUUUGUUGGAUUAAUAAAAAAUACAUUCAGUGAAAACGUUAAUUAAUUAAUAUUUCUGAGAGUGAUACAUAACUGCUUUUUUCAUGAAGGAUAAUAUUGCAAACGUAACAAUGUCUGACCAUUUUGGACCAAUAACUUUAAAAUGGGAUCCCAAAAAUUUGGAAAUACGUACUAUGUCUGUAGAAAAAACUUUGGAGCCAUUAGUGUUGCAAGUAACUACAUUAGUAAACACAAAGGGACCUAGUAAGAAAAAGAAAGGAAAAUCUAAAAGGGCUAGUGCUUUAGUUGGAACAGUUGAAAAAGCUACUGCUAAUUUUAUUGAAAAAGGAGAACAAAUUGCAUAUGAAAAUCCUGACAUUACUGCAGAAAUGUUGAGUGCAGUAGAAGAAGUCAGGAAAACAGGUGAUGCAAUGAGCAUUGCUGCUAGAGAAUUCUCAGAGGAUCCUUGUUCCUCUCUUAAACGUGGUAAUAUGGUUCGAGCAGCUAGAAAUCUUUUAUCAGCUGUCACACGUUUAUUAAUCCUAGCAGAUAUGGUAGACGUGCAUCUUUUGUUAAAGUCACUGCAUGUUGUUGAAGAUGAUUUAAAAAAAUUAAAAAAUGCUUCUUCACAAGGUGAAUUAUUAGAAAACAUUAGGCAAUUUGGAAGAAAUGCAUCAGAGCUUAUGAAUCAGGCAGCUAAACGUCAGCAAGAACUUAAAGAUCCUCAAUUAAGAGAUGAUUUAGCGGCAGCUAGGGCUGUUCUUAAAAAACAUUCUACUAUGCUUCUAACUGCUUCCAAGGUUUUUGUGCGACAUCCAGAAUUAGCUGCAGCUAAAGCCAAUCGUGAUUAUGUAUUAAAACAAGUUUGUGAAGCUGUGAAUACAAUUAAUGAUGUGGCACAAGGAAAGACUCCAACUGAUAGCCAACAUCCUUAUGAUGGACCAGGAGAAUUAGCAGCUGCUUUAGAUGAUUUUGAUGAAAGAAUGGUGAUGUCUCCACUUGCAUAUAAUGAAGUACGCACAAGACCCAGUCUUGAAGAAAGAUUAGAAAGUAUAAUUAGUGGUGCAGCAUUAAUGGCUGAUUCUUCAUGUACUCGAGAUGAACGUAGGGAACGUAUUGUUGCCGAAUGUAAUGCAGUUAGGCAAGCACUUCAAGAUUUAUUAAGUGAAUAUAUGAAUAACUUACAGCUCGCACGGGGUGGGAAACGGAUGGGUGUUAAGGAACAAACAGAAGGUCUAGAAAGAGCAAUAGAUCAUAUGUGCAGAAAAACACGUGAUCUUCGCAGACAAUUACGAAAAGCUGUUGUAGAUCAUGUUUCUGAUAGUUUCUUGGAAACAAGUGUACCUUUAUUGGUCCUUAUUGAAGCUGCAAGAAAUGGCAGAGAUAAAGAAGUUGAAGAAUAUGCAUUAGUAUUUACUGAACAUGCAAAUAAAUUAGUUGAGGUUGCUAAUUUAGUAUGCAGCAUGUCAGGUAAUGAAGAUGGUGUAAAAAUGGUAAGAUAUGCAGCAGCACAAAUUGAAAAUUUGUGUCCACAAGUUAUAAAUGCAGCUCGUGUUUUGGCUGCUCGUAAUCGAUCAAAAGUAGCGCUUGAUAACAUGGAAGUUUUUCGUCAAGCAUGGGAAAAUCAAGUGAGAGUACUUACAGAGGCUGUUGAUGAUAUAACAACCAUUGAUGAUUUUUUGGCAGUAUCUGAAAACCAUAUUCUUGAAGAUGUAAAUAAAUGUGUACUGGCUUUACAAGAAGGAGAUGCUGAUACUUUAGAUAGAACAGCAGGAGCAAUUAGAGGACGUUCUGCUAGAGUUUGUAACGUUGUUCAAGCAGAAAUGGACAACUAUGAACCAUGUAUUUAUACUAAGAGAGUCUUAGAAGCAGUGAAAGUUUUAAGAGAGCAAGUAAUGCCAAAAUUUGCACAAAGGGUAGAAGUUGCAGUAGAUGCUUUAGGUAGUAAUCCUGCAAAAGAUGUGGAUGAGAAUGAUUUUAUAGAUGCAUCUAGAUUAGUAUAUGAUGGAGUCCGUGAAAUCAGACGUGCUGUAUUAAUGAAUAGAGCGGAUGAAGAUUUAGAUCCAGAAGAUGUAGAAUUAGACGAACAUUAUACAUUAGAAACUCGUAGCAAAUCAAGCGCUCAAACUGGUGAGCAUGGAGUUGAUGAAUAUCCAGAAAUUAGUGGCAUAACCACGGCCCGUGAAGCUAUGCGAAAAAUGCCUGAAGAAGAUAAACAAAAGAUUCUACAACAAGUAGAAUAUUUUAAGAGUGAAAAGCUUAAGUUUGACAAAGAAGUUGCGAAAUGGGAUGAUGCUGGAAACGACAUCAUAGUUCUUGCAAAACAUAUGUGUAUGAUCAUGAUGGAAAUGACAGAUUUUACUCGUGGUCGUGGUCCUCUGAAAACGACAAUGGACGUUAUUAAUGCUGCUAAAAAGAUAUCAGAAGCUGGUACUAAGUUAGACAAAUUGACAAGACAAAUAGCAGAUCAGUGCCCUGAAAGUUCGACUAAAAAGGAUUUAAUAGCAUAUUUACAUCGCAUAGCUCUUUAUUGUCAUCAAAUGAAUAUUACAAGUAAAGUUAAAGCUGAUGUACAAAAUAUCAGUGGUGAGUUAAUCGUAUCAGGACUUGAUAGCGCAACUUCACUUAUCCAAGCUGCUAAAAAUUUGAUGAAUGCAGUUGUGCUUACUGUAAAGGCUUCGUAUGUAGCAUCGACGAAAUAUCCACGACAAUCUACCGUUACAUCUCCCAUAGUAGUAUGGAAAAUGAAAGCACCAGAAAAGAAACCACUUGUUCGCCCUGAAAGACCAGAAGAAGUAAGAGCAAAAGUACGUAAAGGUUCGCAGAAAAAGGUGCAAAAUCCAAUACAUGCUCUUUCAGAGUUUCAAAGUCCUACUGAAAGCGUUUAAGUUUUCCAAUUUAAGUAACUCAAAUAAAAAGUAGAACUGUAUGAAUGGCAUCACCUUUACGAAAUAUUAACGUAAGAUAUUUUUUUUUCUCGUAAUUAUUGAUUGGUUGAACAGUAUACUUCAUCAUUAUUAAUAAACGUGUAACGAUAUAUUUCUUAUCAAAUUUGUUUGGUAAAUGGCCGAUUAAUAUGACUUUAUAUGUGUAUAAUAAAAAUAAAUGAAACCCUUAUUAAUCUUAUUUACAUUUUUAAGAUUUUAUAUCUGAUGUGAUUUAAACCAAUUAGAUUACUCAAAAAUAAAAUAUCUUGCGUUAUUAUAUUUUCUAAAGACUUUCUUUUAGUUAUCAAAUUGUAAUUGUCAAAGAAAACUAUAAACAAUUGAAUUACAUUGAAGAGAACCUAAUUAGUACGGUAAAAUGAUUUUUAAAAUACAUAAAACAAGUAUAUAUAUAAUUUAGGUUUUUCUAUUACAUGAAAGUCACAGAAACAAAUUUAAAAAGAUUUUAUGUUUAGUUAAUAUUAUAGAUGCAGCAAAUGAACCUACUUUAUUAAAUAGAAUACAUUCAAUAUACUGACAAUGCUUACUCAGAAUAGUCUGAUGCUGAAUGAAACCAGUAAGUACUAGUUACAACUAGUAACAUUUUGGCAGUUGUAUAAACAAUUUAUAUGGUAAGUUAUUUAAGAAUUCGUACCAUUAUGAUAUCAUCAAUGGUAUCUCUUAACUUUCGGGGAUAUAUCUUUCACAAGUAUAUCUGGUAAAAAAUAAUUUUUAACAUUUAUUCAAGAUGUAUUUACAACUGCAUGAAAAGUGUAUGUAUAUAUAUAUACACACACAUAUGAUAUAUACAUAUGUAUAUCACUUUUAUGUUCGAAACGUAAUAUUUCCAUAGGCAAGAUUUAUAAGAAUACAAACUAUUUCUCCUCAAGAUUUUUAUACUUGAAAUAUAAUUCAUUAAUCUGUCAUUUUGACAAAGUAAAACGAUUCAGUAAACACAUGAUAAUGAAUGAUAAUAAUAAGACUUAAAGGAACUUAACAAUUUUUUUCUCUUGAGAUACAAUAUUUGUUACUUCAGAAUUUGUAUUUUAUUUGAUUAUUGAAUCUUUUAUUUUCUUAAUAACAUUAUUUAUAAAUUUUAGAUUUACAGGUGUUAGAUAAAUUGUUUAUGAUAUAUGUAUUUCACUAAAGUAUUUAUAUUUUUAUUAUAUCAAUUAUAAUAAUAACACCUUAAUUGCAGAAAUAGAAACGACUGACAAGGAAUUAUUUCUUGUGCCUUAAUGGCAUACUUUAACUUCGGUAUGCUUAAUUUUACAAGGUAUAUUUUAAUAAAAAUUUUAUUAUAUAUACAUAUUAGUUUCUGAAUAGAUAAGCAAUGCCUACUAUGUACUAGACCUAUCAUGUUCUUGUUGACAUAACAUUACAUUUUGAUGAAUUCUUUACAAUUUUUUAAUAUGUAUUAAUAAUACUAUGUGUCUAUUGCUUUUGACAUUCCUUUAUUUGAAGUAUAGCUGUGUUUUGAGUAUAAAUAUAUAUAUUUCUAUAUAAUAAAUAUAUAUAAAAAUUACUUGACACAAUCAUUGAAAAUAAACAUAAUAACACAUAGAAAAAAAAACAAUUGUUUAACUAAUACGUUAACUUUAUUUUAUUUUUAUGUUGUUUACAAUACAAUAUUAAUAAAAAUUCAGUAUUGAAUUGAAAUAAAGAGACUGUCAACAAAGUAUUUCAAGCAAAAAAAUAUGUGUAUAUAAAUAAAUAUAAUUAUAUACUUAUGAGUGAAUAUUAUUUAAAAUUUUUAUACUAUAAACACGAAUAAAAAUUAACUAAAGAUAUACAAAUCUUUAAUUGAUUUAUGUAAGAAAUGUAUUUAUAAUAAAAAAAAUAAAAAAACAUAAUCUGGAUCAUAAAAAGAAACUAUAUUGAUGUUACAAUAGUAUAUAAAAAAAUUGCAAUUACUUUCAAUGUCUAUUAUUUUUAAUUAUUUUAAUGAUAUUCAAUACAAUUAGUGAUCUGCAAUUAUAUGUAACUUGAACUUAUAUCAAUAUACAUGAUUAAUUUAUCAGCAUAGUUUGAUUAAAAACACAGCUUACUGAAAAUUUCAAUAUAUUUGUAAAACAUUUGCCAAUUAAUCAUUAUUUUACUAACGUUUUUACAGAAAUGAUAUAAAUAUUGGAAGUAAAUUAUAAAGAAUAAACAAAUUUAAUUAAUAUUGUAAAUAUAUGUUAAUUUCUUAGCUGAUAAUGCAAUUUCUUUUGAUUCCUUUUGGGAUUUAUAAUACGACUUAUUUUUGAUUAAUUUAUUCACUUAAGCAUGUAUUACUUAAUAUUUGAUGUUGACACAUAUAAUUUAAGACACCUAAAAAAAAGAUAAAAAAAAAAAAAAAAAUUGAAUGCAUUGAACAUGCAUGCAUUGAAUAUGCCAAAAAUACAGUGGCAACAAUUUUCUACUACUGUAAACAACAAUAAUAUAUGUAAAAAUUACACAUAAAAGAAAUGUAAUACCAAUAUGCUGCCAAAUAUAAGAGAGGUGAUGCUUUUUAGAUACUA